AAAAAGGAAACGUGGAUGUGUGUCCCGUUACAAAAGAAGCAUGGGACGCACGCGCGAAAACAAAAAGUGGAGACUGUGGAGGACAGAGUGUGUACCAUUGUCUGGCUGAUAGCGAGGGCGGGAAAUGGGAGAGAUGUGUGGAAAAGACAUUGGCAAUUGUCCUAUUUUUAAUGAGGAUGGUUUCAUCGACUGGAAACCAUGCGACAAAACGAAACCACCCUGUCCAAACAGUUCAUUUGUAUCUGACGAAGUUUAUAUUUAUCCAGAAUGCUUUGGUAACAAUACAGCGAGUGCGAAAACAAAGCCAGAUCCCAAUAACGAUUCUGGAAACGAUGUUGGCCUAGUAAUCGCCGUUUCUUUUGGCAUUAUGCUGAUUCUUUCCGCCAUGGCUCUUCUUAUAUUUUUUCUUAGGAGACGUUCAAAUAACCAAACUGCUGAACAGGAAUUUAAUGCUAGUCUAACUGCAGGCUUAUUAAGUCCAAAUGAAGACAAGAUACCGCAAAGGUUAAAUUCAGAUUCAACGGAGAAAAUUGUAAAAGACCACAGUGUCCACAAUGGAAUCGCUUUGCUCAUGAAUGAUGAUUCAGAUGCAAAAUCAAUAAUUGUUGUCGGAAAAUUCGGUAAUUCUGUUUCUAGUACAUCCCGUCGUAUCUCUAAGGGAUUCCAAAACAAAAAAGGUUGGGCGUCACUAGAAUGUCGAUACACAGAUAUACCAAACACUGUAGAAGAAAAUACAAUUAUGUUUGUAUAUGGCUGGUUUGGGAUGUGGAAUGAUGACCUUUGCUCACUAGUCAAGGCAAAAACUGCCUAUCAGUCUUUGGUACGAAUACUGGAUGAAAUAAGAAAUGUAAAAAUCAUUGUUGGAAUGAGAUCGGAUCUUUAUCGUAAAUAUUAUCAAGAAUUACAAGAGGCUGGUGAACAAAACACGAGUUUGUUUGAUCAUGAAAUUCAUCUAGAUAGUGCUGAUGUUAAAAAAGACGAGGAGUACUUAAAAUUUUUACAUGAAAAGAUUCAGAGACCGUGUAAGCAGGACAAUUGCGCAUGUCAAAACCUGACAUACGAGAUGCUUCGUAAGGGGAAGGACAAAGUCGUUGGCAUGCCUUUAAAGAUUACUGUAAUAGAAAAAUACCAUGAUCUUGUACCUGAUUAUCUGGAUAACUGUGAUAUUUUGAAGGCGUUGAGAGAACAUUUCAUAUCUGUCCAAAAUGACAAAAACAGAACACACGUGUAUGAGUGGAUCACAUACAUUUGUUUGAAAGGAAAAUUUACUAGAUCCGAAUCGUUUGAUGCAUCUCUAGUUCAAGAAAUUGGUUUUAAAAUAACAGAUUCGUCUUUUGACGAAAGUUAUACAGAACUUUCUAAAUACCUUAGGAUGAGAAACUCUAAUAUAAGGCAGAAAAUGCCACCUAAUAGUCCAAGAGCACAAUACGUGUUUUGGCAUCCUUUUAUCUAUAUUUGCUUUUUUCAUUACCUGUUUGAUAAGGACCAAACCCUUGUUAUGAGACACUGUAACAUAGAAGCCAUUUUUGAGCUUGUACGAACAAAAGAGGCAAAAGUAUCAUAUUUUGAGGUAAUAGCAGAUGAUCCCAUGGUCACUCUGUUCAAAGCAAGAAUACGCAGUUUGGGUAAAGACAAGGAGUAUAUGCAUCAUCCAUUAUUGAAAUAAUUACAGAAAUAGAUAAGGUAGAACAAUAGGACAUAACAACAUUACGACAAACAGCACACGGUGGGUGUGACCGGUCUGUAGAGGAUGCUUCAUGGCACCUGAUCCUACCUCUAUAUUUUUAGAGGUCCGUGUUGCUCUGCUUUGAAUUUGUACUUCGUUUCAUGGAUUUGUGACGAUUGUGAUUAUUUAGAAUUGUAUUUUUAUGAGGUACUACUUUUGACAUGUCCCACCUUGUUUACCGUUGUAUUUUACAGCAAGAUAUC